UUGAAUUUUAAUUUCCAAUUUUUAGGAACUUUGAUUAGGUGACAUGUUUUUAUUCACAACACAGGUGGAAGGAGACAGGGAGGUUGGGAAAAUGUCACCUUUGGUUAGACUUGGCACUAAAAAAGGUGCAGAGGUAGUGAAAGGGGCAAUCUUUAUGCUCUAUGCUAUUUUGGUUGCUUUUGGUCUAAUCAAGGCACUUCCUCUCACUUGUAUAUUCCUUUGUGCAUUGACCUUGCCGAUGGGAAACCUAGUAGUUAGAUUUGUCGAAGACAAUUACAAGGCAAGUGAAUUUUUCUUAUAGACUUGUCUGUUGGUGUAUUUCUUAUAGUUUGCUAUUAAACCUAAGUUGUAUUCUCACAUAACAAAAAUAAGAUUUUCAUGGCUAAGUACUUCUGUGUGAGGCUUCAUGCAUUGUUUGGAGUUGCACUGGCUUUAGGACUAGUGCUGGCUCGAAAGAGUGUGGAUGACCCUGGAAGACCCCCUGGCAUUGUUCUUAGUGCUGCCACUUCUUUUUGGCUUCCUGUUCCUCCUAAACGAGUCUU